UAUUUUGCAUUAUAUCGUAAGCAUUGAAAGGUGCGCGUGGCGUGCGAGGCCUCCUCUGCUUGCGUCGUACUCGAUUCUCUAGUCUCUAUCUAAUGGCUCAUUGGCUGUAGCUUUUCUUCCACUCAUGGGAAGGCUGUGUUUGUUACAAUAACUAAAAUAAUUGGUUAAAACGGUUUGGAUGAAAGUUAAGAGCAAAGAGAGAGGGCAUAGCCGCGAAGCAAGAGGCUCUCUCUCUCUACUUGUGUGAAGAGUUGGGUUUCUUGGCUGUUCGUAAUUCUAGGUCCACCCAGAUCCUAAAAUAGCUCGCUCGCUCUCUCCGGAAUCUCUCUUUUCUAGAAUCCUCAAUCUGUUUGUUGCUUGUCUGUCACAACCCACAUUGGUAUUUCCAAGUCCUGUCCUGUUCUAUUUGUGGGCUCAAAACACAUUCCGCCCAGAAAAUUCCGGAGCCUACCACAUUCUGCAUUCUUCAGGUUUGGUUAUUCUGAUCCCCACUCGACAACAAUAUUCCCCUUUCUUCUUCUUCUGAUUUGUGAAUCUUCGCCAUUCCAUUGAAUUGCGGAUCUGCCUUUAGCCUCUGGGAUCUUUUAACUUUGUUCUUUCUUGGUUGAAACCUUUGAUUGGGUGAUCUGGGAUUGUGUUUUAUCAACUGAUUCUGAAAUUAUAGCUUAAUGCUGCAAUGAGAUAUGGCAUUUUGCGUUGGCAACUAGAGGAUUAUUUUUGCUCACUUCUUUCUGGUUGGAAUACGAACUGUCUAGUAGAAUUAUGGGAUGCAUUUGCUCGAAAGGGCUAUUAGCCAAUCAAUAUGUUUUGAAGAAUCAUCGUAGGGACAAAGAAUUAAAAUCAAAUAAGUUGUCAAAGGAAUUAGAUGGAGCAGCCGUCGGGGUAGAUGCUGGUGGAAAUGAUGCAACUACACGGUUGAUAACCAAUCAUCGCACCGAGGACAAUGCAGGGUCGACUCCCAUUUCAUCAGAUGAAGGGGAGAAGAAGAUCGGGGUUGGGGUUACCAAAGCAGGGGCAAGUGCUCCGACAUUCCCAUCUGGGCUAAAUAGAAUAACUAGCAUAACACAUGGAGAAAGAGGAGCACAAGUUGUUGCUGGAUGGCCUUCUUGGCUCACUGCAGUGGCAGGAGAAGCAAUCAGUGGGUGGGUGCCUCGCAAGGCAGAUUCAUUUGAAAAACUGGACAAGAUUGGACAAGGAACUUACAGCAGUGUGUACAGAGCCCGUGAUCUUGAAUCAAACAAAAUAGUUGCAUUAAAGAAGGUGCGAUUUGCCAAUAUGGAUCCAGAAAGUGUACGAUUUAUGUCGAGAGAAAUUCUUAUUUUGCGCAGGCUUGAUCACCCCAAUAUCAUGAAGCUUGAAGGUCUGAUUACAUCAAGGGUUUCGGGCAGCUUAUACCUUGUAUUUGAAUAUAUGGAGCAUGAUCUUGCAGGGAUUGCAUCAAGACCUGGGAUCAAGUUCACUGAAGCACAGAUCAAAUGUUACAUGCAACAGCUUCUUCGUGGACUUGAACAUUGUCACAGUCAUGGUAUUUUGCACCGUGACAUCAAGGGAUCAAAUCUUUUGAUCGACAAUUAUGGCAACCUAAAGAUCGCUGACUUUGGUCUAGCAACCUUUUACCAACCUCGUCAAAAGCAGCCUCUGACUAGUCGUGUGGUAACCCUGUGGUACCGACCACCUGAACUUUUGCUUGGCUCUACAGACUAUGGGGUUUCUGUGGAUUUGUGGAGUUCUGGUUGCAUUCUUGCAGAAUUGUUUCAUGGGAAGCCUAUCAUGCCUGGAAGAACAGAGGUGGAGCAACUACAUAAGAUAUUUAAGCUCUGCGGGUCACCUUCUGAGGAAUACUGGAAGAGAUCAAAAUUGCCACAUGCAACGAUCUUUAAACCAACACAACCAUACAAGCGUUGUGUUGCAGAGACCUUCAAAGAUUUUCCGCGCUCAGCAAUGGCCCUAUUGGAGGUUCUUCUGGCAGUAGAACCUGACCGUCGUGGAACAGCUUCUUCUGCACUUCAGAGUGAGUUCUUCACGUCUAUGCCGCUUCCCUGUGAUCCUUCAACUUUGCCCAAGUACCCACCGAGCAAAGAGUUCGAUGCCAAGCUCCGAGAUGAGGAAGCUAGAAGGCGAAGAGCAUCUGGUGGUAAAGGACAUGGAGGGAGUUCCAAAGAAUCAAAGGCUGUGCCAGCACCAGUUGGCACUGCUGGGCAGGAAUCAACAGAGAACCAACAAGGGCAACAUAAGCCAAAAAGCAUCAGCGAGAAGUACAUUCCUGAAGAGGAUAGUGGCUCUGGCUUUCCUCUUGAACCUCCCAAAGGAGCCACAUCAAAUGGCUUCUCCCAUUCAGGCCAUUCAAUGCACCCAAGUGCAUAUGGAUCUACACGGAAUAUGGAAAUGCGAGGCCAGUCCAAGAAUGGUGCAGAGUUGAGGAGGCAGAACUCAUAUAUGAAUGGUGGAGCAGCCCAAUCUUCCAGAUUUUCCAGUUCAGCUUCAGUUCGAAGUGAUUCGCGAUUUGGUGGUGCUGUAGAAACUACUGCAAAUCCACACUGGCCAGAGGAGCGUAUUAACACCAGAUAUAAUCAUUUAGAUGACGGGAAUUCCUCUGCAAAACACGAUUGGUCCCUUCAAUUUCUGAAUAGGCCAAAGUCUUCACAGAGAAAGGAUGAACACUCAUCUGGAAAGGAUUCAGCAAGGGGUUAUGCUACCAAGAAGAACCGGAUCCACUACUCUGGACCGCUGAUGCCCCCUGGGGGAAACCUUGAGGAGAUGCUCAAAGAGCAUGAAAAACAAAUACAACAUGCUGUCCGCAAAGCUAGACUGGACAAAGUCAACACCAAGAAAGCCUAUGGUGAAAAUGGACAAACCGAGUCCCUACUUCACAAUGUGAGAAAUGGCAGGUGAUGGAAAAUGGAAACUUAUACUCCUGCAAUUUGGAUAGCAAGAGCUCCUUCGAAUGGAAAAGGUGCUAAUGUUAAAGAGAGAAUCAUUGGGGAACUUCACAAAUCUGGCCACCAAAAGAUAAAUGGAAUAUAUGGAGCUUCAUCAAGUUUCAUCGCGUCGGAUGUAUAUUCACUUUUGGAAGAUGAUGAGAAGGUCUCUGAGGUGGUGUUCAGAUGCUGGAGACAAGCUUGUGUACAGCUGAAACCUGAGUAGCCCAAUCAGCUUUGUCUAAUUCUCUGUAAAACUUGAAUACCCCCUUUUGAUCACAUCAAUAGAAGACAGUUUCUUGCUCCAAAUUCAUCAACAUAA